CGCUUACACACGUAGGGGAGCUUCGACGCCAACUUGCCUGAAAUUAUUUUGCGACGAGCCUUUCUCCAAACCGUCGGAGAGUUUAGCAUUUUGAAGUUUACAAACGUUCUGCAGCUAAUGGGCACGACAGCUGUGCGUCAGUUAACUGCGCUCGCUGGGUUGGUGACCAGCUAAAUUGUUAAGGAUAUUUUUAUCCGAUAUACCUGUUAAUGUCAGACUUUAAGUCGUCUUCUCUUUGAUACAAAGGCUAAGCUAAAAGCGGAUGUUGAUGUAGUAACCUAAAUAGUUAAGCUAGCAAAGUAGGUCAGCAGUAAUCGUGCCGCGAGCUACGCUAACGUUGUGUCCGGUCCACGGUUGACAUGAAUUAGCUGAUUUAUCGCUAACAAAGUGGUCUUAAAAGUGGAAGAAGACAGGAGAGACUAGAAUGGCAGAGAUGGAGGAAGACGUUGGGGAUCUGCCAGCCAGAGAGGAUGACAAUGACUCAGACAGAGAUGAAGAUGACAGACUGUUUGCUUGGAUGGUAAAUGACGACAUGGAUGAGGACGAGGAGGAAGAUGAGGUGGAGGAGGUUGAGGAUGAACAGCCUUUAGACACUGAGGCGUCUGAAUCAUUUGAGUUGGACACCCCAGCUGAGCGCAGUGGUCAUAUAGCAGUCGUUGACAGAAAUAUCAUGUAUGUAUGGGGUGGAUACAAGAAUGCUCAAAACCACGGCUUCUUUGACUUGUAUCUGCCCAGAACUGAAAUCUGGACAUACAACAUGGAAUCAGGUGUAUGGACAAAGCAUAUAGCUGGAGGUAACCUACACACAUCCAUGUCAGGCAGCUGUGGGGUGUGUGUUGAUGGAAUUCUCUACCUAUUUGGAGGUCAUCACGCCAGGGGAAACACAAACAGGAUCUACCGCCUGCCCCUGAGAGCUCCUAGCCUUGUGUGGGAGGAAAUGACAGAUCUUAAAGGACUCCCUCCGUCAUCCAAGGACAAAUUAGGGUGCUGGGUUCAGAAGAACAGACUUAUAUUCUUUGGGGGCUAUGGCUAUGCUGCACAGGGGCCUCACCGAGGGACAUUUGAAUAUGAUGAAUCGUCUUCUCUUGUGUGGGACAGCCCUGGGCGAGGUUGGAAUAAUCACAUUCAUAUCCUGGACCUGGAGACAUAUACAUGGAGCCAGCCCAUCACCACGGGGAACACCCCGUCACCAAGAGCAGCUCACGCCUGUGCCACAGUUGGUAACAGAGGUUAUGUGUUUGGGGGACGGUAUAAGAACUAUCGACUAAACGACCUGUACUACAUUGAUCUGGACACAUGGGAGUGGCAUGAAAUGAGCAUUCCCCAGCAGUGUCCUGUGGGCCGGUCUUGGCACUCCUUCACUCCUGUGUCACAAGACCACAUCUUCCUAUUUGGAGGGUUCACCACAGAAAGAGAGACACUGAGCGAUGCCUGGCUGUACUGUGUGAGCAAAAACGAGUGGAAGCCUUUCAAACACAGUCACACACAGAGCCCCAGGCUGUGGCACACAGCAUGCUCUGGCCCUGACGGGGAGGUUUUUGUGUUUGGAGGUUGCGCCAACAACCUGUUGUCUCAUCAGAGAGCUGCUCACAGCAACGAGUUAUUGGUUUUCAAUGUUCAACCCAAGUCACUAGUUGGGUUCUGUAUGGAGGCCAUUCUGCAGCACAGGGAGCGUCUGUCUAGUUACUGGGACUGCCUGCCUAAACCUAUCCUGCAUAGCCUCAAACAGAGAAUGGCACGUGUCAACACACUGGGCUCCUAGGUGAAGCGGAGGCUAACAAUCUAGUCCAGAGGAUUACAGAAGAAUAUGUAUGUAUGGAUGAAUGAGAUGACUGUUUCUAUCAAUGCAGGUAGUCCUAUUAGAGCAUUAGUUUAGUGCUUUGUGGACACUUGCAUACAUAAAACAAAAACUUUAAAGCAAUAGUGAAUGGCUGUGGAUUUAUUGGAAAUGGGUCCUGACUGGCACACUAAGGUUCACAGGUGACCCUCAGAGCUGUUUAUCAACUUCUUCUGUUCCUGUAACUCUUGAAAAGCCAGUAGAACCUUCAGUGGAGUAUUAGUGAUGUUGCUCAGCCUGUUGCUAGCAUGGCAUAUACAACAGAGCAGAAAUCCCACACUACUUUUGGGUUUGUUUUCUAAACCUAAGCUUUUCGUAAGGAUUUCUUUCAUCACUCCUAAAAAGCUGAACAUGAUAGCAUGGUUUUCUGUCCAUAUUAUUACAUAAAUGUAAAAAUCUAUUACUGUGCUGGAUAAGAAAAGGGUAACUUUUUGUAAUGACUGUGUUUCUGUGGAGGUGUUGGAAAAUCAUUAUUUUAUUUUUGUUAAAAUAUGUUAAAUUGUGAGAUGUUCUGUACUAGCCAGUGUAGUAGCAAUAGCAGUAGCAGCAGCAGAUGGUCAUUUAGCUUACAAUAAGGACAGAAAACACCACCCAUGUUUAAAGUUAAAGCAAGAAAAUGUAUUGUUGGAGGAGGCUAGUGGGGAAAAAAUAGUUUGGAAACCUGGCAGGAUUACAGCUUUGAUUUUUUAGCAACUCCAUUUUCUCCUGAAGAUUACUGUGAAUGCUGUCAUGGGGACAGCUCAGAUUCUUUAAAUGAACUCAUGUGCCAGUCAGAUGUUAAAAUUGUGACCUUUACUGGUUUUCCUCAGAAACCAACCAACCAACUUAAAAAGUCAUUGUCUUAACACUAAAUGUGGUGAUGCAAGGCUGAAACAGUUUUGCUGCAAACAGUGAAGGGUUAGGGUUAGGGCUAGGUUUUUUUUGUUUUUUUAAGCCAGCCUGUUUCUUUAAUGAUUCCUGUCACUAAUGUUUGACACUGUCUCAAAUGCAGAUAUUUGCUUGAUCUUGGGUAGUUUGCUUAAGUUCUCUUAGACCUAAAACUAGUGCUUUAUGCUACAUAAGACCAUCUACUCUGGAGCCACAGCAAUGUUAACUUUCAGUUUUUAUUUGUAUGUACAGUUAUUUAUAUAUUUGUGAGGAAAUGUGUGGGUUUUGUGUUCUGAAAGUGGCUUUAAAAGCCUUUAAAUUGUCACGAGCGGCUCCUGUAGCAUUGGAAUUUUAUUAAAUCAAUAACUUCAAAUACUGCAAGUAUAGUGGAUGUUGAGCCACAUUGCACUGAAAUGCCUCAUGUCUGUAGGGCUUUGUUUCUAUUUGCCUGGUUUGCACAAUGUUCCCUUUUGUGUUUUUUAUUGUAGGAUUGAAAGCAUAGUGUUACUUUGUACUCAAAGAAUAAACACAUACCAUAAGUUGUGAUCUAUUA